GCUCGCCACGGCGCGGGCGGAGGAGUACCGGCGCGCCCAGGCGGCCGAGAGGGAGGAGGCCGCGCGGGCCGCGGAGGCCGGCCGCCUGCAGGAGCAGCUGCAGAGCCUCUUCACGCCGAGCGGCGACGACGGUCCGGCCGUCCGCCUGCUCGCGUGCCUGGCCUACGCGGACAUCCUCCCGUUAGCAGACGGUAUCCAGUACGGAGGUCCUCUCGUAGAGUUUGUGCCGGGGGAUGGCUCUGGCGUGUUCCCCUCUUUCAGAUAUUUUAUCCGAUCGCCAUGGUCAAGGCGUCGAUUCCUUUUGGCACGCUCAUCUUGCUCAUCGCUUUUCAGUUUCUAG